UUUACUUUAUUGUCUCUCCUAUAUAUAAACUCAUUCUACAAUUAAAGCUAAAACCAAAGUGUGUAUGUUUUUAACUUGCUUUUUCUGCUAUUAGUGUUUGUAUACAGUCCUCAGAUUGCCAAGGCAAAAUAGCAAAAGGGUGAGAAUUGGAGAGAGCUGAAAACAGGAAGUAUUAUGGAGGAAAACUAUCUAUUGGGUUGGAAGAAGAAUGAUUCAGAUAAUUGGCUUGUGAGUGUAGAAGAAGAUGAAGAGAUGAAAGCAGAUUUACCAUCUUUACAUCAACCACAAACACCAAUGGAGCCUAUGGAUUUCUUGUCAAGAUCUUGGAGCCUUUCUGCUUCUGAAUUAUCAAAAGCUCUUGCUCAGAAACAGAAACUCAAUACUUUUGACAGGAAAUUUAGUGUGAUUCCUGAGUCAGUUUCUCCACCUCCACAACUACCAGGAACCAAGAUGUCGAAUUCACAAAACGGGCGAAGAACCGGGGGGAUUGUAAGGUGGUUCCAUCCUAAGGAUUCUAACAAUAGCUCUGUCAAGAAGAAAGAAAAGGCACGCCUAGAAAAUGCGCAUAUGCACGCUGUCCUAUCUGUAGCAGGACUAGCUGCAGCAUUGGCUGCUGUAACAGCAGCAGAGAACUCCAAUGGUUCAAGCUCAAAGAUGAGCAUGGCUUUAGCAUCAGCUACUGAACUCUUGGCCUCACAUUGCCUUGAAAUGGCUGAAUCAGCCGGGGCAGAACAUGAUCGUGUAGCCUCGGUUGUUAGAUCAGCAGUGGACAUACAUAGUGCUAGUGAUCUUGUCACACUCACAGCUGCAGCUGCCACAGCUUUGAGAGGAGAAGCAACUCUUAAGUCAAGAUUACCAAAAGAAGCAAGGAGGAAUGCAUCUAUAAGUCCAUGUGACAAAAGCAUGGUAGAAGCUCAAAGUUUUGCUGCUUUCCCUAAUGACACGGACGAACACGAUUCCCCCUUUGUGGAUGAAUUGGUGCAUAUCACAAGGAAAGGGGUGCAAAGGUGGAAACGCGUGUCUGUCUAUAUUAAUAAAAAAUCUCAGGUUGUGAUCAAGUUGAAGAGUAAACAUGUUGGUGGAGCUUUCUCUAAAAAUAAUAAAUGUGUUGUUUAUGAAGUGUGUGAUGGAAGUGAUGCAUGGUUGUUCAAUAAAGAGAUUGAAAGCCAAGAUUUGUACCUUGGAGUAAAGACGGCUCAGGGUCUUCUGGAGUUUAACUGCAAGAACAAAAGCCAAAAACAAAAAUGGGUUGAUAGAAUUCAGAAGCUUCUUGAUCGAGUCAGUUUAUUUGAAGAUACUGAGGGCUCAAUGACAAUGUUGAACAUUAACAAGAGCAUUUGACUAACAUAUUAGUUUCUUUUUUUUAACUUUUGUGUUACUUUCUGUAUAAAAAUGUUUGAGAUAGUACUUGGUUUGUCCAUUGAUGACUUUUCACUAUUCAACAAGAAUUUAGCAUCUGAAAGCUUGGUAUUCUGAGGCCAGGUCUUGUUUGUAAGAAUUUUGUAAAUUUUCCUAGUACGGUUUGGGAUGAAAUAGGCUUGAAUAAAGGAGAAUGGAAACAACGAAUUCAUUAUUCCCAACUAGUUAAAUAUACUGGUAUUUUGAAGAAAGAUGUCAUUUUCCUGGGA